GAAAGACUAAUGGCGUUUUCGAUUUACUACUCGACCCGACUCGGGUCGCAUCAAUGGACGUGGAAUACAUACAUAGAUAUGUAUGUAUUCCACGUCAAUGAUGCUAGAGUCCUGUAUACAUGAUGCGACCCGAGUCGGUUUGAGUCGCAAAUCGAAAACGCUAUAAAAGAAACUAAAAGAAACUACGGAAGGGCGAAAAUCUCAAGUUUCGUCACUGCACACGUACUGAGUAUAUAUAUUUUAAAGAACGCAACUGGUGAGAUUCUUUGUAGUUUUAUAUUAUCUCGUAUACUAGGCGCAUAUUGUGUCUUCGUGGAAUAUAUACGUGGGCUGCGAUAAGCAUGCAAAUCGCUGUCGUAAUACUUAAGGAUUCUUUUGUCAUACACGACAAAAGACGUUUCCUUUUAUAAUCUUCUUCAAUUUUCUUAACAAUUGAUAUGAUGACAUCAGGUAUGAAAUCCAUGUUGCUUGCAUUUUUAAUUAUUACGACGUUCUCAGAAGAAAGAUCGCAGGGCAUACCAUUGUUUCUUCAAAACGAAUUUCUAAAUUUUCUCUUCCCUAAGGACCCUGGUUUAGUGAGAGUAAGAAAAAUAGAUCAAGCCGAAAGAAUGGACAGUGGAAAAGUAUUGGAUUUUAUUGGCCUGGUAGAACAAUAUGAUUAUCCCGCUGAGGAGCAUAACGUGACAACGGAGGAUGGUUACAAUUUGAAAAUACACAGGAUACCUGGUAGUCCAUUGUUGGAUAACAAGAAAAAGAAGGAAAUUGUAUUCAUACAACAUGGCAUUUUGGCUUCAUCUGAUAGUUGGGUACUGUACGGUCCUGGUAAAGACCUUGCAUUUUUACUGGCAGAUCAAGGAUAUGAUGUAUGGAUUGGAAAUGUGAGAGGAAAUAGUUACUGCAGAUCACACGUAAAUAUGACGACAUACGAUCCCAAAUUCUGGCAGUAUAGCUUUCACGAGAUUGGAACAAAAGAUCUGCCGGCCAUGUUCGAUUACAUUUUCAAUUAUACAAAGCAAAAAGAUUUAUACUAUAUCGGUCAUUCAAUGGGGGGUACUGCGCUAUUCACUUUUCUGUCAUCAAGACCGGAAUACAACAUGAAAAUAAAAAUGGCUAUUUGUCUAGCUCCAGCUUCUUUUUGGAUGAAAGUAUCACCCACACUUAAUGAAUUAAUUACCAUACUUCCAACAAUAAAGGAAAUUCUACGAGAGCGUGAAACGUAUGAUGUUUUUCCACAAUCUUUAGCGACUGUUACGGUAGCAAGAACGUUGUGUAAUGACAAUGCGAUGACUCAAAUUAUUUGCGUCACUGUAUUAUUCUUAAUCGCUGGUCCUGAUCCAGCACAACUUAACACCGUAAGUUUCAUCAUACAUAACAUAUAAAAGACACGUAAUACAAUGUUUAUAAUAAAAUUCCGACAUCGUGAUGUUUUAAGUAUU